GGGAAGAUGGCCUAUUUUGAGAUGCCUGCAGAGUACAGCAUUGAUAUUAACAUUCCCAUAGAUUGGCCUGUUGCAGAACAGAGGGUGCUCAGGUUUGGUUACUUCGGUAAGGACAAGCCGGAGUUGGUGCGGCUUCUCCUGUGUAAUGUGUUGGGCUGUUUGACAGAUGGGCAGAUCUCUGUCUGCAAGUGGAGACGAGAGGGUGUCCGUUAACAGCAGAGAUCUGGAUGGUAUCACCAUGCUGCAGAGAGAAGGAACAGAGGUGAUCCUUCUGACUUCCAGUGAGAACCCCACACUGAAGACUCUCACAGACAAGUUGUCCCAGCAAACGGGCUGUGUUGUGAUGUCUCUGAAUGAGCCGAAGCAGGUGGAGGUUGAGAAACUGAUGAAGGAGAAGAGGCUAGAAUGGAAAGAGGUGGCCUAUAUUGGUAAUGAUGCAACAGAUGUGGACUGCUUGAGCCUGGCUGGACUGAGCGCUGUGCCCCUGGACACCUCUGGGAUGGCGCUCAUUGCAGCAAAGUACCAGUGCCAGAGUACCGCGGGCCAUGGUGCGGUGCGGGAGUUCUGCGAGCACAUUCUGCACAGCCUCCAGCCAGCAGGGAAUCCUCAGUGCCAGAGCUUACCUCCCACCCAGACUUUGCCGCUUGCUACCAGUGCGAGUAUCUCCGCGUGUUCCUUCCCCUGCAGGGCCCAUGGCCGGUACCUGCCCUGGCCAAACCAGAGAUGGUCACGGCUCACCGGCGCGGAGAAGUUUUCCCGACUGCGAGGGUGGUGGCAGCGGUGGUGGCAGCGGUGGUGGCGGUGGUGGCGGCGGCGGUGGCGGCGGGGGCGGCGGCUGCGGCGUGCACCACUUCCCGCCCCCGCAUCCCUUUUGGGGGACAAUGGGGGCCCCCCUUGUCUCAGGAGAGGCCAUCGUACCAAAGGCGCUCGGGGUCACACUGUCACACAGUGUCAGGGGAUUAAAUACAGACAAAAAAGGUGUGUUUUGUCCAAGGGUGUGUAG